AUGGCUGUGAUUACUGAUUCUCCUGUGACCGCUAAUAUUCUCGGUACUCUAGGUGCUAUCUUCUGGUCUAUUCAGCUUUUACCGCAGAUUUGGAAGAAUUAUCGAAGACAUUCAACAGAAGGAUUUCAACCUUCAUUUAUGCUUCUCUGGGCUUUAGCCGGUAUUCCUUUAGGUAUUUUUAAUAUUGUGGAUAACUUGAACAUUCCACUGUGGAUUCAGCCACAGAUUCUCUCAGUGCUCAGUCUCGUUACCUGGGGACAAUGCUACUAUUACGGUCAUAAAUGGAGUUUAAAGCUUUGUAUUUUAGCAGUAGUUGGUUUGGCUGUUCUUCUCGGUGGAGUCGAGACUGCUGGUAUUUUAUCAUUUCGUUUGAUUGUCACGAAAGAGAAUGGUGUCAAUUGGCCACUCUACCUUAUGGCAAGUCUCGCUACUCUUCUCCUGUCACUUGGCGUCCUUCGAGAGUACCUACAAAUCUAUCAACAUCGCUCCACUGCAGGUAUCAGUAUUCUAUUUAUUAUUUUAGAUGCUCUUGGUGAUCUGACAAGCUUGUUGAGUAUUCUCUUCGAGACAAAACCAUUUAUCUUUGGAAUAAUAGCAUACGCAACGGAAUUAACACUUUGGAUUGGAAUUAUAAUUUAUUAUUCAAUCGAGCAUCUUUACGGCAACAUCAUUAACAACAGAAAUCAUGUCAUUAAUCCCAAGACUGAUUUACAGCUACCAGCACCCGACAGAACUAACAAUUUGGUAGUGUGCUUUUAA